AUGAUCAGAUUUCGUUCUUCAAAAGAGCAUUUAGAACAUCACCAAAGUGUGAUCGAGAUGGCGAUCCUCGAGGGACCCUCGGAGACUGCAAGCGUUGUUAAAGGAUUCCUCACCAAAGUGGCAACACUUAUGUUGCUAUUUGUUUACCAACCCAAGCGACUUCUUCGAUACAAAACUUCCCCGAAGUUGUGCUGCGGUAUUGCGAUACUCGAUUGUGAGGUUGAUGCUUGGAUCUGGUUAGAGCUGCGCCUUCUAGAAGUUCCCAUGUAA